AUGUAUGUGGUUGACGAUGCAAUUGAGGUUAAUUUACUUGAACCUAACAUCGACUGGACGGUUUAUAACACUGAAAGUGAAGAGGAAUUCGAGGGCACUUAUCAUAUUGUUGGUCCAGUUGAAGAUGUCGAUGAAGAUGAUGUCAUAGUUAAGCCUGACAUUGCAGAUGUGACAAAUGAACUAACGAGCCAACAUCUAUCAAGAGAGCUUUCUUUUAUACAUGCUUUGGAUCUAGACGCUAUGAAUGCACCAGAAUUUUCUGAAUUUGUCAAUGCAGACCCUGUUGUUGUUACAGAUGGUGAAUUUGUUAUCGGCAUUGAGUUUAGUUCUAGAGAAAUUGUGAUUACAGCAAUUAAAGAUUAUACCAUUUGUCGGGGUGUGGAUUAUCGAGUGUGUGAAUCUGAGCCAACCACAUUUUAUGCUGAGUGUGUACAAUAUGGAACAAAUUGCGAUUGGCUUAUCAGGGUUAAUCUUAUUAAGAGAAAGUUUUGUUGGAUUAUAAGGCGGUACAAUGGUAGUCACACAUGCUCCAGAACAACAAUCUCUCAAGAUCAUGCCAAGAUAAACUCAGACAUGAUUGCAGAAGUUAUAAAGCCAUUGGUUGAUGUUGAUCCAUCUUUAAAAGUAAAAUCUGUGAUUGCUGAAGUGCAAUCGAAAUUCAAUUAUAUGAUAAGUUACCGCAAAGCAUGGCUGGCUAAGCAAAAGGCAAUUGCGAAUAUUUUUUGUGGUUGGGAAGCUUCUUAUGAAGCUUUACCGUCGUGGUUUGAAGCAAUGGUAAAAAAAGAUCCAUCAGCUGCAGUCAAGAUCGAAACUGCACCAGCUUACCAAGGGGAUGAGGUGGUCCAGGAUAUUAGGAUACUAACACGGGUGUUUUGGAGCUUUUACCUUUGCAUUAGAGCAUUUAGGAGCUGUAAACAAAUCGUCCAAAUAGAUGGCACAUAUUUGUAUGGAAAAUACAAGGGAGCUCUCUUAGUUGCAGUUUCUCAGGAUGGCAAUGGCAAUAUUGUGCCUCUUGCAUUUGCCGUUGUUGAGGGUGAGACUUCUGAUGCAUGGCACUUCUUUCUUACUCAUUUGCGCACACAUGUGGUGACGUGGGAUGGUAUUGGGCUUAUCUCUGAUCGACACGACUCUAUUACCUCAGCAAUAGCACGUAGUAACUGA